CUGGUCAGUCUUUCGCGUUUUCUUCAACUUCGGGGGGCGGUUUUCUCAGGUGUCGCUGAGUACUAUUCGUUUCAUUCGAAUUUUUCCCUCUCGCGCUGUGGUGUGCAACAGCAGCAGGAAAAAAGCUCGGCUCGCAUGCAAUUUUCAUUAGUGGGAAAAUUGCUUGAUAUUUAAGAGGCAACCGACGAGUAAACCGAAGCAAGAGCAGCAGCAGCCGCGGCAGACAGACUGUCACACAUUCCAAACUAAAUUAAUAAUAGAAAAAAGAUAUAAGUUAAAUCAAAAGCGAAACACACUCGAGGGCACGAGCGGAGUGCCAAACGACGAAAAUGUGGCGGCAGUCAACGAUACUGGCCGCGUUACUAGUGGCUCUUAUUACGGGCUGUGCAGCAAUCAAAAGCAACUCCCCACCAAGAAUCACCAAGCAACCGGCACCCGGAGAACUGCUCUUCAAAGUAGCGCAACCCAAUAAGGAAAGCAACAACCCAUUCAUUAUAGAGUGCGAAGCCGAUGCGAUUCCCGAACCAGAAUACAGUUGGAUCAAGAAUGGCAAGAAGUUCGACUGGCAGGCGUACGACGACCGCAUGCUGCGGCAGCCAGGACGCGGAACCCUGGUGAUCACCGUGCCCAAGGACGAGGAUCGCGGCCACUAUCAGUGCUUUGCGUCCAACGAGUUCGGCACGGCCACCUCGAACUCGGUGUACGUGCGCAAGGCGGAGCUGAACGCCUUCAAGGACGAGGCGGCCAAGACCCUGGAGGCCGUCGAGGGCGAGCCCUUCAUGCUCAAGUGCGCGGCCCCAGAUGGCUUCCCCAGCCCCACCGUCAACUGGAUGAUCCAGGAGUCCACCGACGGCAGCAUCAAGUCGAUCAACAACUCCCGCAUGACCCUGGAUCCGGAGGGCAAUCUGUGGUUCUCGAACAUCACCCGCGAGGAUGCCAGCUCAGACUUCUACUACGCCUGCUCGGCCACCUCGGUGUUCCGCAGUGAAUACAAGAUCGGCAACAAGGUGCUCCUCGAUGUCAAGCAGAUGGGCGUGAGCGCCUCCCAAAACAAACAUCCUCCCGUGCGUCAAUAUGUCUCCCGACGCCAGUCCCUGGCCCUUCGCGGCAAGCGCAUGGAACUGUUUUGCAUCUACGGUGGAACACCGCUGCCGCAGACCGUUUGGAGCAAGGACGGGCAGCGGAUACAGUGGAGCGACCGGAUCACCCAAGGUCACUACGGAAAAUCGCUGGUCAUCCGGCAGACGAAUUUUGAUGAUGCCGGCACUUACACCUGUGACGUGUCCAACGGCGUGGGCAACGCCCAGUCCUUCUCGAUCAUCCUCAAUGUCAACUCCGUGCCGUACUUCACCAAGGAGCCGGACUUCCAGACCGCCGCCGAGGACGAGGAGGUUGUCUUCGAGUGCCGCGCCGCCGGUGUCCCAGAGCCCAAGAUCAGUUGGAUACACAAUGGCAAGCCGAUCGAGCAGUCGCCCCCGAAUCCCCGACGAACCGUCACGGACAACACUAUCCGCAUCGUGAAUCUGGUCAAGGGUGACACCGGCAACUAUGGGUGCAACGCCACCAACUCCCUUGGCUAUGUGUACAAGGAUGUCUAUCUGAAUGUUCAGGCUGAGCCGCCCACCAUCGAGGUGCCGCCGUCGGCCGUCUCCACUGUGGAUGGCCGGAAUGUGACCAUCAAGUGUCGAGUUAAGGGAUCUCCCAAGCCGCUGGUGAAUUGGCUGAGGGCCAGCAACUGGCUGACCGGAGGUCGCUACAAUGUCCAAGCGAACGGCGAUCUGGAGAUCCAGGAUGUAACCUUCUCGGAUGCCGGCCAGUACACGUGCUAUGCACAGAACAAGUUUGGUGAGAUCCAGGCGAACGGCUCGCUGCUGGUCAUGGAGCACACGCGGAUCACCCAGGAGCCGCAGAACUACGAGGUGGCCGCAGGACAAUCGGCUACAUUCCGCUGCAACGAGGCCCACGACGACACGCUGGAGAUCGAGAUCGAUUGGUGGAAGGACGGUCAGUCGAUUGACUUUGAGGCCCAGCCGAGAUUUGUGAAGACCAACGAUAAUUCCCUGACGAUUGCCAAGACCAUGGAGUUGGAUUCGGGCGAGUACACGUGUGUGGCCCGAACGAAGCUGGAUGAGGCAACGGCCAGGGCGAAUUUGAUCGUUCAGGAUGUGCCGAAUGCCCCCCGACUGACGGGCAUCACCUGCCAGGCCGACAAGGCGGAAAUCCAAUGGGAGCCCCAGGGCGACAACCGUUCGCCCAUCCUGCACUAUACCAUCCAGUUCAAUACCUCGUUCACGCCCGCCUCCUGGGACGCGGCGUACGAGAAAGUGCCCAACACGGACUCCUCAUUUGUCGUCCAGAUGUCACCGUGGGCCAACUACACGUUCCGUGUGAUUGCCUUCAACAAGAUCGGAGCUUCGCCGCCGUCAGCGCACAGCGAGAGCUGCACCACCCAGCCGGAUGUGCCGUUCAAGAACCCCGACAAUGUCGUCGGCCAGGGCACCGAGCCCAACAACCUGGUCAUCUCGUGGACACCCAUGCCGGAGAUCGAGCACAAUGCCCCCAAUUUUCACUACUACGUUAGUUGGAAGCGCGACAUCCCCGCCGCCUCGUGGGAGAACAACAACAUUUUUGAUUGGCGACAGAACAACAUUGUGAUCGCCGAUCAACCGACGUUCGUCAAGUACCUGAUCAAGGUGGUAGCCAUCAACGACAAGGGCGAGUCUAAUGUGGCCGCCGAGGAGGUGGUUGGUUACUCCGGAGAGGAUCGUCCUCUGGACGCGCCGAACAACUUUACGAUGCGACAGAUCACAUCCUCGACCAGUGGCUACAUGGCCUGGACGCCGGUGAGCGAGGAGUCGGUGAGGGGUCACUUCAAGGGCUACAAGAUCCAGACAUGGACAGAGAACGAGGGUGAGGAGGGUCUGCGGGAGAUCCAUGUAAAGGGCGAUGCCCACAAUGCUCUGGUCACCCAGUUUAAGCCGGACUCGAAGAACUUUGCCCGCAUUCUGGCCUACAACGGACGCUUCAAUGGACCGCCGAGCGCGGUCAUCGAUUUCGAUACGCCCGAGGGUGUGCCGUCGCCGGUCCAGGGACUGGACGCCUAUCCCCUGGGCUCCUCGGCCUUCAUGCUCCACUGGAAGAAGCCGCUGUAUCCCAAUGGCAAGCUCACCGGUUACAAGAUCUACUACGAGGAGGUCAAGGAGAGCAAUGUGGAGCCGCGUCUGGAGUACAAGCCCCACAUCACCAAUCCCAGGGCCACGCGCAUGAAAAUGGCCGGUCUGAAGCCGAACACCAAGUACCGCAUCUCUAUCACGGCCACUACGAAAAUGGGCGAGGGAUCCGAACACUAUAUCGAGAAAACGACGCUGAAGGACGCCAUCAAUGUGGCUCCUGCCACGCCCUCUUUCUCCUGGGAGCAGCUGCCCUCCGACAAUGGACUGGCGAAAUUCCGCGUCAACUGGCUGCCAAGUACCGAGGGUCAUCCUGGCACUCACUUCUUCACCCAGCACAGGAUCAAGGGCGUUACCGACUGGCAGAAGACAGAGGAGGAGAAGAACUUGGACCACCAGGUAGUCAGUGGACUGGACCCCGAGACCGCCUACGAGUUCCGCGUGGUCUCCGUGGAUGGGCACUUCAACACGCCGAGCGCCGUGCAGGAGAUCGACACGAACACCGUGGAGGGACCGAUAAUGGUGGCCAACGAGGCGGUGGCUAAUGCCGGAUGGUUCAUCGGCAUGAUGCUGGCCCUGGCCUUCAUCAUCAUUCUGUUCAUCAUCAUCUGCAUCAUCCGGCGCAAUCGGGGCGGCAAGUACGAUGUCCACGAUCGGGAGCUGGCCAACGGCCGGCGGGAUUAUCCCGAGGAGGGCGGCUUCCACGAGUACUCGCAACCGUUGGAUAACAAGAGCGCUGGUCGCCAAUCCGUGAGUUCAGCGAACAAACCCGGCGUGGAGAGCGACACCGAUUCGAUGGCCGAAUACGGGGAUGGCGACACAGGACAAUUCACUGAGGAUGGCUCCUUCAUUGGCCAGUAUGUUCCUGGAAAGCUUCAGCCGCCGGUUAGUCCGCAGCCGCUGAACAACUCCGCCGCGGCGCAUCAGGCCGCGCCCACAGCCGGCGGAUCGGGAGCGGCAGCAGCCGGAGCCUCGGGAUCUUCGUCCGCAGGUGCAGCAGCCGGAGGAGGAGGCGCCUCUGCCAGCAACGGAGGAGCUGCAGCCGGAGCCGUGGCCACCUACGUCUAAGAGGCGUGGCUGGGAUUAUUCAUCAUUUGCCCCUUAUUUUCGUGAUUUUCUUUAAAACGAUUCAAAAGCCCCCUAAACUGGAAAAAAACUUUGUGUAGUUCUAUGUGUAAAACGAAAUCUGCUUUAAGUGUCUGCAAAAAAGGAAACAAAAUUAUAAAUAUUAAAAAACGAUUGUAAAGUGAAGAAAAACUCGCGUGAAUUUAGAGCAUAUAAUUUUGCUUCUUUUGGCUUAUACAAUUAUUCUAGCAAACAGUUUAACGCCUUUUCAAAAACCAAACCAAAACUUUUGCAUUAGCUUAAAAAAACGAAAGCAAAAUGAAAAAUGAUUGUAAACGUAAAAUUGUAUGGGGAAGGAGAAGAACACUUAAUGAUGAUGCAUGUUUGUGUAAUAAUUUUUUUGUACUAAAAUACUAUUUAGUUGUUAGAAACACGAGGAUUAAUGUCUACAUGGAAACUAAGUCGAGUCUUGCAAGCCAAAAUGUGCAAAGUGCGAACCGAAGGAUCGAGAUGGAAAGUGGAGCCAAUAGAUAUAUCCACCCCAGUCUAAGCUAAACUAAGAUCUGUUCCAAAUGUACAAAAACCAAGUAGGAACCGUCGGGCGGCUUCGACCAAUGAUUGACUGAGUUGCGAAGAUAAUGCCCUGAAAAUUUUGCUAUCAAUUACACAGAACUGCUGUACGAGACGCUUGUCAAUGUACGACUAACCAAAUAUCGAUGUGUUCAACUAGCAGCAAGUCAAAACUUCAACUUGACCUCGAAUACUUUUCGCCACAUUCAAAGACUUCAAGGCCAGCGCAGACUCCAACGCCAGACCAAGAAAUGAAGGGAAGCUGAAGCUUCGGAUUCUCCCUUCGUCGGCGAUUCGUAAAUAUGUAUCGUAUAAGUUCCGGUUUUCGUCCAUAGUCUAAUGCAAUUUUUCGCGAAUAGUGCUUAAACAGAAUCCUUUCAUUUUGUCCAUUAAUUCUUUAAGUAAAGCAAAUUAGUUAAUUAACAAAUUAGUUGAUGACCCCCUUGCACGAGUCGGGGGCAUUGUAACCUAUUAUAAAUAUGCAGCUGAAAACCUAUAAUUGUUCCGCACAGUACUCCCUUGCCUGUAUUAUUUAAUGAAAAUGUUAAAGCACCCGAGAUGCAAUUCGAGUCUCUGGUUUCCACUUGUCCAGAUAUAAUCCAAGUAUCUGUAAUAAUAAGGUGUAUUCAUAAUUUUUUUUAAACUAAAAACACACAAAGUGGCAUUAAAAUCGAAACAAACAAACACAAUACAAUAAAUAAAUUGAAAAAAUGAACAAAACACAGUUUUAGUUUUUGAACCACCUUUCCGCUUUGAGAGAGGAAAUGCUUAGAGCUUUGUAAGAAACUCGAUCCGAACAUAUACACUAAGGAUAUUUGCGCUUAAUUCGAACCCCAAAACGAACUCAGUUUUUGAAACGUUAAUUCGAAUCGGUUUAGUUUUAUUUGCGAGUUAGGCAGUAUGUUAAGUACAGUAGGUGGAAUGUAUCCACCUAGCUUACGAUAAUUUGGUUUUUAACGAACAUACAGGGUUGCUUAGUCAAAUUUUUGCGUAGAUUUAAAAACAAAAAAGAAGGAGAGGCGUGAUUUGAUGACUCAUAUUUUGUGCACUGCGUUCUGUUUGUUGUUAUUUCAACUAGCUACUUGUAACGAACUAUAGUCCCCGGCUUCAGCAUAGUUUUCAACCGAAUCUAAUCGAAUCGAGUACCAAUACCAAACACCAGACCUCCCCAAAAACCGAACCCACACCACAAUUGGGAGACAACCGAUCCACACACAAAUCACCUGCACCACGCAUAUCCCAACGAUUGAUACAACAGACACACGAGGGAAAGUAUACCGGAGGGGAGUAGGAAGCGAAACGGAGGCGGAAACUAGAUCAGAAGGGACAUGCAAGGACAGCAAACAAAGACAAAAGAACUACAUACAACAAUGCAAACAAACUUGCUAUACAAACGGAUAUAUAUAUGGAUAUAUGAUAUAUAUUUACAGUGUAGGAGACAACGAUCUAAAUCUAAUGUUCACGACAAAGCUAUAUAUAUAUACAAAACAUAUAGAGAGAUGUAUAAGAUUUUGCGUAGAUAUUGUGAUUUCCCCAAUAUAAACUCAGAAUAGUCAAUAACAAUGUGAAAACCUAAAGAGCAAACGUAAAACAAUUUAACUAAACUAAUAUUUCCUUUGUCGUAUUCGUAUAAAAUCCAAAGACAAACUAAAGUGUUCAUCAGUGGAGUUAUCGAAAUAGUCGUUCGUCUUCUUCGACGGAGUCAGGGAAAACGAUAUCGAUAGCGAUAGCAGGAGAGCCACAACAACAACUGCACUGCCUGUGUCGGGUUCUAUUUUACAUGAGCAUUUACAGAAUCACAAACAUUUACACACUGAACAGCAAACAGACACCCAUGCAAACAAUUUUCAACUUAUAAAGGUAAUUUGCACAAUACUGUGAUUCCUAGCAAGAAACAAAAAGACACGAUGAACAAUUACGAUAAGCGAUUAUUAUCGACUUUUGUGUGUUUUGUGAGGUUUGAAAAUUGAUGUGUUUGCAUUGUAUAUUUUUCACAGCAUAUUGAAAAUGUUUACAACAAGAACUACUUAUCUAACCACUCAGUAAUAUCCAACUUGAACAAUUUACUUGCAUAUUAUUAUUACGAUUACCAUUGCUAACCGCUAACCAACGGCCUAAAACAAAUUGAAUAUUGUGCAGAUCGAAAUCGAAUGCAAAUGAAAACACAAGAAUACAAAGUACUUUUUUAAAAUGAGUUUUUAGCGAAUCAAAUAUAAACUUAAGAUUAACAAAUUCGUAUACAAGAAACAAGCAGAAAGGAAAG